ACAACGAGAUCUCAUGAGAUAACUGGGUUGUUAGAAGUGUCUUUUGUCAAAGGGAUGUUCCCUACAUAUGGAAAGAAUACGGAUUUUCUUAUUGCAUUUUGGCGCAAUACCGUCCACAGGAGGCGCUAUCCCUCUCCUCCUCUCUCUAUCUCUACCCUUUGCUUGCAUAGCAACCGCUCGGAUAUGUUCUGCUUUCCAUCGACCAAUAGCGGGACCCGACUUUCGAGUCAUGGGGCGAACGAACGGUCAUGUCCGUUGUAAACUGCGUAGCCAUUGGCCUACAGGCCGCACGAGUGACGUCACACGAUGGAAUAAGCCAAUCGCCUCAAGUUAUGGAGGUUGUUUUCAUUUGUAUUCAGGAACACAUAUCAUGGGGGAAGCAAUGGUUAUUAAGUAAAGGGUGUCAUCUACGCAAGUGGGUAAACGAUAUUUGAACACAUUUGUGGCCAUUCAAGCCUUUUAUUGCCAACGUCAUUGAAAGGUGCCCCGGCCGAAAUUUGGCUUGUAGAGAGUCUUUCUCAUAGACCGCGGGAGGGCGCCACUGAGGCGGCCGUUGCAAACCACGCCAGUUCAGUUCCGUUGCUGCGUCUGCCAUGUUUUGAUCGGAUUAUUGCUGGGGUCGAGACAAAAACGUCGUAUUUGCUUGUUAUCCGUAUUCCCGAGUGUGUGUGAAGUGUCAACAGUAUGAACCGACUUGGAAAUUAAAUUCAGUGCACAAUGAAGUGUCAAUACUCCGACUCAAAGUUAUUUCACGUGACCAAAACAGUGCCGUACAGGCUACGAAAAAUUCCAAACCUCUAUCUAAAGUUUUCUAAACGCAAGAACUCUAUUUUCAAGUGUAUAUGGUGACAACUUAUUGUGAAAAUCGACUUAAGAGGUUAUCGGAGGAUGUCAGUGGCGGAAAAAGCCUUGUUUUCCGUGUAAUGAUUGGUGCUGGUGCUGGUGUUUACAUGGAUACCUGGUUGUUGUUAUUGUGGAUGUGCCGAGCCGUGUGAAUCCUCGUCUUCGUCCUCGCCGUGUCGGAUACAGUGCUAAAGUGUUCCCCAGUGUUUUCCUGGAUCGACCUUCCACGUUGUGGCCAGUGUCCGCGGCCCAGUUGGAGAGCUCCUCGAUUCUGAAACGCGAGUGAAGUGCAAGGAGCAGUGGUGGAUGCUGCUCCGUGUUGAGGUUAGGCUGUGUGGGUGACUCGAUGGUGCUGUUGAGUUCCGACGUGUCGAGUCGCUCGUCCAUCGCAAUGGACUGCACUUCUGUGGCUGCGGCGAUGGUCCCGCACCCGAUGAAGCAGCGCGGCGAGCCGGCGGGAGGGAACGCCGUGUCGGGCGGAGUGUCCGCGCCCCCCUCGUCCUGGCACCACAAACAUGAGCAGCUCAUGCUCAUGGAGAAGCAGAAGACCAAAGCGGCGGACAGCGGUGGCGGGCGCCGUUCGGAGCGGCAUGCCCCCCUGUACGGACGCCUGGUGGCCGAGGAGCAGAUGGCGACCGUCAACGCCACGCCGAGCGACAUCCAGGCCAUGCAGGCCCGCAUCCCGCAGAACUUCAGGGACCCGUCGACGGCGCCGCUGCGAAAGCUUUCGGUCGACCUCAUCAAGACGUACAAGCACAUCAACGAGCAGUGAUGGUUCUUACGUUCUUAGAAAAAUUAGAGAUGGAAAGAAGUAUAAAUUACCUGGCACUCGAAGGUUACAUGAUUUAUUAGGAGUGGACAGUUGGGGUCCAGGUGGUCGGCGUUUAGGUGAACCUGGUCACUCAAAUUCAGAUUACCUUAAAUUUAAAGAUCUUAUUUUAAGAAUGCUAGACUAUGAUCCCAAAACAAGAGUGACACCAUACUAUGCACUACAGCACAACUUCUUCAAACGCACUGCGGAUGAAUCCACAAAUACCAAUUCAGGUGGUCCUAGUGGGAGUGCAAGCACAAGUCCAGCUGUAGCUUCACACUCCUCACAUUCAUCACAUCCAAGUCACACAACGCAUACUUCCUCACACCCCGAAUCAAUGGUGGGUUCUAGUCCAUCUACAUCAACAGCAGGUUCAACCGCUCAACAACAAGGCUUGGUGGGUGCAGGCACUCGAGAUUGGGCAGAUGCCACAUACACUGGCUCUUAUUUGUCCCAUAUGACGCACGCCUCCCAUCCCUCUCAAGCUACUGCAAUGGAGUGUGAACCGUCCUACACCAGAGCUCAUCAAGUGUCCCAAAUACACCCCCAUCACCACAUGGGCCUUGGCAGGCUUAUGCAAAGCCAGCAGCCUGUGUCUCGCUAUGCUCCACAGUCAUUACCCAUGGAGCAACUGCCCAGCCUAGACUGUACGCAAACUGGCAGUUUGAACAUCCCCUUGGUUGGAUCUGCUGGCACGCAAACAGCCAGCUAUUUCAACCAAGGAUAUCCUGCAAGUCACCAAAACCCAUCUGUCAUAGCUCCAGCUGGCUAUAGCUUUGUGUCAGGUCAACCCGGUUUGUCAAAGGCAGAUUUGAGUGUUGGAGCCCCAAAACUGAAUAAGCAAAGCUCCAACCCAGGGCAAAGUGGUAGUGAUCGUGAAGAUAGUCCAAUGGUGGGAGUGUGUGUUCAACAAAGCCCAGUUGUUAGCCAUUGACAGUUGCCACAUUUUAGGAACUUAUGUCUUUUUAAUAUAUGUAUUAGAUGUAAGUACUGGCUUGAGUUAAGCUACCUGUUGUGUUAAGUUGAUUGUAUAGUGUACAAACAAAAAUUUUGACCAAGUGGCUCUUGUCAAUGUAUGCCACUUGUUUGCAUCUUGUUGACAAAUUAAAUGAGACAUUACCUACUGGUAAUGUUAUGAUUUCAAUUCAUGAAAUGAUAUCAUGAAAUUCCUGCAUUAUUUAUGACACAUAGUUGUUUGACUAGCAGUGAUUGUGUAAGGUCUAUUCAAGCAGGAUCUUGGUACACUUCUGGAAUUUGUAAAGGUUGCAUGCUUUAGUGCUGCAAGUUAAUGUGUGACAACACUCUUGUGAUAGAAAGUUUCUUAUUGUGGCGUCAUUUUGAUAUGAAUUAUUUUUAUUAAGUGUAGUAAAUGGGAGUGAAAAACUCUAUGAAGUCUGGAUGUAUGUGCAUUGCUUCAUUAGCACCAAAUGGAGCUUUUGUUCUCAUCCCGUGGUACCUCCGUGCAAAUAUGUUAUUAGAAAUGUCAUGGAGGGUUCUUCAAUCUUUAAUUUUUUUAGAUCAAUUUGAUAAUAGGUCACUUGUUAAUGAAAUCAAUUCACUCACUAAUGUUUACUUUUGGAUGAGACACCCUUGCUAUCCUUUUGUAAAACAUUAUCCAUUAUUAUGCACUUUGUGUAUUGGAAAGUGCUGUAUUCUGAUGAACUUGCUCAGCCUAAUUUUAUGUUUGGAACAAUCUGAAUUGUACAUUUCCUUGUUUUACUGGUAUCAAUCAUGUAGUUUGUUUUGGUCUAUCUAAUUAGUACAUGUUCUGAUUUUACUGGUAUCAAUCAUGAUGUAGAUUUCAUCACUUGCUGUCAUUGUUAGUCCUCCUCCGUAGAGAUUUAAAAGGCACUUUUGUAAAGGACCAAACUGUUAGAUCUUUGUAGAUUUGCGCAAAGAACUUUGAAAAAAGAAUAGGUACACAAUCUGUUACUGUACAUCAAAUGAUGUAUUUUCCUUCAUACUUAGCAUAUGGUUUUCUCCUAUCUCAAAUAUACACGUCUUGCAGUUACAUAUCAGUACAGACUACCUACUUCAUAGCCCAUCAAUAUUAAGAGAGAUUUUAAAUCUAAAUUUUAUUGACGUUCUUGCACUUUUAUUGAUUAAAAAAAUGUAAAUUUUAAAAAUCCACUUUAGCUCAUUUUUGAGACAUUUGGAUUUUAUAAUGCAAGGAGUUGUCUGAAAAAUUAGAUUUUUGUUUUCUUUGGGGGUAAUUUGAAUUGAGAUACAAAAAGAAGCAUAUAUGCAAUGGCUGUAGCUUAGGUAUUUUGAAAACAUAGAAAGGCUAGUUUGUCCACUGUUCAGUAUUCAGUUUAUUUAAAGAAAUAGUACACAAGUUUUCAUUUUAAAUUAUCAUAUGUACACUUUGUUUAGGCUGUGUGUCUUUCUUGCCCUAACAGCUUUUGAAUGGAGUGUUUUACCAGUAUAGUUUUUAAAUUUGUAGGUAUAAAUCAAACAUGUUAUGUUCCUACACCCCCUUCUCCCAUUACACUAUCUCUCUCUCUCUCUCUCUUUAUUUUCAAAGGUGAGCAGUUUUGCCUCAGAUUUAACUGAUCUGGAACUUUCAGAUGUGUAAAAUGUUUCUUUUUUUUUAAAAAAUGUGUUUUGCUCCUUCCAUGAUGAGCAUCAUACAUGGAAGAUUUUCGUUUAAUGUAUCUUUCCUUCACAAUCUCAUAAAACUCAUCUUUGCUGCUCAGUCAUGAGUAGUUUGUGUACCUUUUCAUUUUUGUACCUCUGGUCGGUUCAUAGUUUUUAUCUAAUUUCAGUAUGAAUUGUAAGGUUGGCCAAAGGCCGAACUUAGCUGGUGAUAUUUCUGUUAUCAUUUUAUAUGCUAUCGUUUAAUAUCUAUUUUAACAAUGAAUGUAUGUUUUGUUUGUGAUGGACAUGAGAUAAAGUGAAACCAUCGAACACAUGUAAUAUUGUUGUAUCCCAUCCAAUUUUCCUUUUGAAGUUAAAGGUCAGCUUCAAGCUUCAGCCAAAGACCAAGGAAAUGUAUAUCAAACUCUUGAAAGUUCACUACCGGAUAUGAUGGUGUCAGAAUUAUGCGAAGUUCUCAACAUUCUUUUUUCUUCUAAGGUUUCUCAUCAGGUCGUUCAUGGGUUUAGCAUGCAUGCAAAUCUUGUCAACACUGGAAAAGCAAAUGUUAAAUGUGUCUCGUCAGCUGGUGCACUCUCCUCAGAAAACAUUCUGUGAUGCACUCUCUUGUCAGAAUGUGUUUGUGAUGUACUCACCUCUGAUUUGGAGGGAUAGAAUCAUUAACAAGUGGAGUGCAUUACAAAUUCAUCACUAAAGAUGACACAUGUCACACAGGUUUUUCCAAUGAGGGCAAUGGGAAAGCAUACACCAAUUACAAAAUCCGAUUUCAGUUCAUUAAGAGGUAGUUAAUGGCAUGUGCUGAAGGACAUGUGUAUCUCAAAAUACUGGUAAAUUAUAUGCUUUUGCCAUCACAAUUUUCAGUUAUCAAAGACACCCACAAUUUGAAUGUGAACAUUGAGUUUGAUGCUGUUUUUUGUUUUUUGAAUUUUUCUGCUAGUGCAGAGCCCUGCUAUUCAUUGAAGCACUGUCUACUUUGUGGCUAACAGUAAAAUGAAACUGGAACAGCAACAGAGGGGACAGUUUGCAUACAAAUGAUGCACCAUAUAUUUCUGUAAAUGCAGUAUUUUUCAGGCUCAGUACACUACUUUUCUUGUGACAGGAAGACCAUUUAUAUGUCCUAGCUCAUUUCUUUAACCUAUUCAUACCUUACAGAUGUUCACUGUCAUUAUUCAAAUGUGAACCAUCAUUUAGCGACCUCUCAUUUUUCCUUUUGAGUUGCCAUGGAUGGCCUUAAUUGAUCGGCGGGCUAUUUUAUUUUUCAAAUCUUGACGUUUUACGUUGACUAUCAAAUUAACUAUUUGUUCAAUCUAUUGGUGAGAAUCUGAAAACUCUAAGAUACCCUGUCAUCCAUCUGUUCUUCUUGGUCUUUGGCUGGUGAAAAUUACCCUAAAGUAAGAUCUUUCAUUCAUCAAGAGUCUUUGUUUGUUUUCUAGAUUUUUUUUUUCAGGCAUUUUAAACUAAACAAUUUUUCAAUAGAUGUGUCAUACUGUUGGUCGAGCUAUUUCAUCAGGAUUUUUAUUAGAAUUUCUGGUUUGAGUUUGUAAGUGUUAAAAGUGUAUUGCAUCGUAACAAUUUAUCACUAUUUCUAUUCUAAAAUAUACUUUCACUCAUAAGUCAUGCUCCAAAACUCACCUACUACAUAUACAUAAAUGGGCCAUUCAUUACUACAUACAUGUCUUAGUUGAGCUAUGUGUUAAAUAAGUUAUUUCAAACCGAAACUGCCAUAGUUGAUUUAUGAUGUGAAACGAGGCAAAGCCAGUAAAAUGUGAUAAAUAUGUGUGAGUCAGAUUUAAUAAGAAAAUGGAGCAGAAACAUGUUCAUAUUUGUGGUUCAUUGUAAAAUUUAGUCUCCUCAUUCAUUUUUUUAAAAAAUAUAUCUUUAUUGUGUUAAAGUUUUGUUGGUAUAGUUUGCGCAGAUGAAGAAUGACCCAUCUGCUGCGGAACAGAACAACCUUAGUGGCAUGAGAACAUCUUCCAAGUUGUAUAAUGUCUCUUUCUACCCAUUGUGUAAUUAUAUCAAUCCAGAGUGCAACUUUGUGAUCUGUAUGCCUCAUUCUGUACUCAAAAGAAAUAAGUGAUUGUUACAAAUCCAUACAUGUAGAUUUGCUCUCAGUAUUGUUAUUAAAGUUAUAAAUUCACUGUGUAUACCAUAUGAUUCAGAUUGUUUAGUUUUAAAUUUAACUGUAAAUUCAUUGUAAAUAAUAAUAUAGAAAUCUGUUGUCACUGUUCA